AGAGAGAGAGAGAGAGAGAGAGAGAGGGAGAGAGGGAGAGCGUGAGCGCGCGCAAGCUUGCGAGCAAACCAGAGAGACAGACGAGAGGAGAGAGGGACCAGGCUAGAGACCCAGAGAAAGAGAAGAGGAAGCCGAGCUCUGUGAGGGCUCAACCUCCAACUUAUUUCAGUUCAUUCAUCCUUCUCUUCGCUUCGGGGAAGUGACUGUGGAGCUUGGUCUCUCCAAGUUGGUACCCAGGAAGAUGAUAAUCACACAAACGAGUCCAUUCUGCAUAAUUAGCCUUGGGCUUCUCUUCCUGAUUAAUAUUCUCCCUGGAACAACUGGCCAAGGGGAAUCAAGACGACAAGAACCUGGAGAUUUUGUGAAGCAGGAUAUUGGCGGACUCUCUCCAAAGCAUGCUCCAGAUAUUCCUGAUGACAGCACUGACAACAUCACUAUCUUCACCAGAAUCUUGGAUCGUCUUCUGGAUGGCUAUGACAACCGACUUCGACCUGGGCUUGGAGAUGCAGUGACCGAAGUGAAGACUGACAUCUACGUGACCAGUUUUGGCCCUGUGUCAGACACUGACAUGGAGUACACAAUUGAUGUAUUUUUUCGACAGACAUGGCAUGAUGAAAGACUGAAAUUUGAUGGACCCAUGAAGAUCCUUCCACUGAAUAAUCUCCUGGCUAGUAAAAUCUGGACCCCUGACACAUUCUUCCACAAUGGCAAGAAAUCAGUGGCCCACAACAUGACCACGCCUAACAAGCUGCUCAGACUGGUGGACAAUGGAACCCUCCUCUACACAAUGAGGUUAACAAUUCAUGCCGAAUGUCCCAUGCAUUUGGAAGAUUUUCCUAUGGAUGUGCAUGCCUGUCCACUGAAGUUUGGAAGCUAUGCCUAUACAACAGCUGAAGUGGUUUAUUCUUGGACUCUUGGGAAGAACAAAUCCGUGGAAGUGGCCCAGGAUGGCUCUCGACUCAAUCAAUAUGACCUGCUGGGCCAUGUUGUUGGGACAGAAAUAAUACGGUCUAGUACAGGAGAAUAUGUUGUCAUGACAACCCACUUCCAUCUCAAGCGAAAAAUUGGCUAUUUUGUGAUCCAAACCUACUUGCCAUGUAUCAUGACUGUCAUUCUGUCACAAGUGUCUUUCUGGCUCAACAGAGAGUCUGUCCCUGCCCGCACGGUCUUUGGUGUCACCACUGUUCUCACCAUGACCACUUUGAGUAUCAGUGCCAGAAACUCCUUACCUAAAGUGGCAUACGCGACGGCCAUGGAUUGGUUCAUAGCCGUCUGUUAUGCCUUUGUAUUUUCUGCGCUGAUUGAAUUCGCCACCGUCAACUACUUCACAAAGCGCAGUUGGGCUUGGGAAGGCAAGAAGGUGCCAGAGGCCCUGGAGAUGAAGAAGAAAACACCAGCAGUCCCGACAAAGAAAACCAGCACCACCUUCAACAUCGUGGGGACCACCUAUCCCAUCAACCUGGCCAAGGACACUGAGUUCUCUGCCAUCUCCAAGGGCGCUGCUCCUAGUGCCUCCUCAACCCCAACAAUCAUUGGUUCGCCCAAGACCACCUACGUGCAGGAUAUCCCAACUGAGACCAAGACCUACAACAGUGUCAGCAAGGUUGACAAAAUCUCCCGCAUCAUCUUUCCUGUGCUCUUUGCCAUUUUCAAUCUGGUCUAUUGGGCCACAUAUGUCAACCGAGAGUCAGCUAUCAAGGGCAUGAUCCGCAAACAGUAGAUAGUGGCGGCGCUGCAACCAGAGCACUCUAUACCCUAGGAAGCAUCCAGACACUCAAACCCCAGGGCUCCCCUUCAUGUGUUUCGGAUUCUUUUCGAACCCUCUACCAAACCGUGAUUCUCAAUAUUUAUGAAUCUCAAUGAAGAAAUAAUAACAGAAAAAAGUACUUGUCCCUCUAACAUUGCUGAAUAUAUCCUCAGUGGAGCCAAACACUGCCAUUUGUCCAGUUGCUCAUCCUACUCUGCCCGUCACCCUCAGCUGAGGACACUGCAUGUAUUUUAUUAUACUCUGCCCAGUACAGAAAGAACAGGAGACUCUAUGGUCUGUCGUGAGAAUCUUGGCUAUUUGAGAGGUCCACAUUAAGGAGGACUGUUCACUUCUCCUGAUCAGAUGAUUCUGACUCCCUAGGGAGCCAGGCUGGGCUACCCAAUAUGGUCCUUCCUACCACUUCCCCUGCCUACAGUAGGGCCCACAAGGCAUAAGUCUUGACAGCUAAGGCAGGGCCUGAACAUGGCCCACAACCCCUUUAUUUGCUUGGAGGUUAGUGGGGACAAUUAAGGCUUACCACUGUCUACCAUAUAUUGCCAAAACAAAUCGAACCAACUGGGCCAGGCUGGCACCAAGAUGGGUAGUGACCUGUUGUGUCCAUCCCCUCAGGAAAAUAGUACCCUCUUUGGUAUAUCUCCUCCAGGAAAGCCCUUCUCUCUCAAGCCCUUUGACCUCCCUGCCCCUGUAGCUACCUGACGAUUGCUUCGUUUGGGCCUGUUACUACCUGCAAACUUUUGAGGAAAAUGAUUAAGUUUUUUAAAAAAAAUUUAUACUAAAAAGGGACAUAUAGAAACAAAGAUCUAGAUCAAAUGCCUACAAAGUGAUUUUUAAAAAGGUUAGAGAGAUAGGAAAGUCACCUCUCUGCUAAGGCAAGUAGUCAAAUACUGGAUGGGGCAAGAGAUUUGGGCUGGUGGUAGUUGAAGCUUGAAGUCCAGAUUGCAAAGGAGGGCUACUGGCAGGUGAAAGUCAAAUUCUUCCUUCCAUACUCUCCACACUCCAAACCCUAGACCAGGCCCAAGAACUUUGUUCCUACCAUGUCAGGGACUUCUGGUCCUCUGUUGAUGCUGACUUUAAGAGGGGUGAAUUGGAGUAAGUUGACAUACGAGUCAACUAAAUCAGUAACUUUAUUACCAAUUUGAUAAUAUAUUAUUUAGUGGCUGUUUAAUCUCAUUUGUUCUUAGUGUGAGCAAAAGGGACAGGUAUAAUUAUAAUUUUUUUUAACUUAAAUGAGUUCCAGAUGUUUGAAUGACUUGCCUAGGCUCUUUACAAGUGUCUGCAAUACAGAACUAUCAUAUGCCUCUUUACAAAGGCCAAAAUGAAGAUAGGGCUGAGAAGCCAGUUCUCCCUUGACUUCAGAAUUGGCACAAUCUCAACAGGCUUGCUGGAUCUUGAAUGAAGUUUGGUUGGACACCAAAAAAGAUUUUUAGAAAGUCACAAUGUAUCACUCAAAGAGACCACUUCUAGUAGUCAUGGCUCAAGGGAAUGAGAUUAAGAUGGCAGCCACAGCCACUAGUCCAGAAUAUCCUAGAACCCCUAAGUAACACCAAACACAGAUUCUACCUGCCCACCUCCUGAACAAUGUUCCUAAGGGGUCUAUCAUUAGCUGCUGGUUGCCUUUUCGCCCAUCCUUCCCCCAUCCUCUGCUUCCUUGCCAUUGCUGGGAUAAUGCAUGCCAGUCCCAUUAUUCCUAAGACUGUGUCUGUAGGUAAAUUCAUGACUAGAAGAGUGUAGUGUCGUGGAUAUGUGGGGAUAGGGGGUGGGAUGGGUGGGGCUGUUAAUGAUUGUCCUGUUAAUGAUUGUCUUAAGGAAUUUAGAAUGGAAGCCUGACCUUUGCCUCUCUGUAGAAAUUGUGUUUCCAAAUGCUUUGGUGCAAUGU